CCGGCGUCAUCCCCGCCGCGCCGCGGCAUUUCGCCGAACGAGUGGCGCGCACCGCCCACCCAAAACCCCUCUCGCAGUCUCGCUUGCUCGGUCGAUUCCCCUACCCCAACCCGGAGCCCAAAACCCUACGCUCCGCCGCGCCGUCGCCAUGCUCCACUCCGGCCUCUCCAAGUCCCACCCCUUCCCGCUCCUCGUGGCCGCGUCCUCGCCUCGCCGCACUAUCCUCGCCGGCCUCCUCCGCGCCGGCUACCUCUCCAAGCAUCCGGCCUCCUCACCCGUGCCUCGUCCGACCACCGCCGCCGCCCGUUCGAGCGCCAGGGCCGCCACGUCCCCGGGCGACCCCAUCCGCUUCGGGCUGGGAGGCAGGGUUUCGUUCUCCACCGCCCCAGAUGGGUCCGCAUCGGCUGGCGGCGGGAGGGCGCUUCCCUGGCUUGCCGCUGAGCCUGGCAACAGCGGCGCUCCCGCUGCGAGGACUAGUGCCGGUCGCUCUUCCUCGUGGGAGAGCUCGGCGGAGAAAUUCUUCUCUAGAGACGACCAAUACACGCGAAGAGAAGUGUCGGCCGACAGGGCGCCGAAUAGGGUGGCGAUUAAGGAGGAUGAGCCAAUUGACAAUCCCAAAUGGGGCGGCAGGAUUAAGGACCGGUACCAGCGAGUUGUGGGGAGGGAUGGAGGGUCCCGUGGCGAGAGGUUUAGGAGGGAGAGGUUUCCCAAGCCAGCUGUGAGGCAGUGGAACAACCAGGAGAACUGGGGGAGGAAGACAGGGAAGGAGGCAGGGGAAUCGACGGUGCCAAAGAUGGUGGGGCAAGGGGUUUAUGGUGUUGGGCCAGUGCUCGCGGCGCUCAUGGCUGGUAGGAGGGAGUUUUAUGCAUUGUAUAUGCAGGAAGGUAUGGAUUUGAGUGGGAGUAAUAAGAAGAAGAAGGAUAAAAAGGCAGUCGAGAAAGUGCUGCGGAUGGCAGAAAGGAUCGGGCUCAAGGUCAUCGAGACUUCGAAACAUGACCUUAACAUGGUGGUGGAUAACCGGCCACACCAAGGCCUGGUGCUUGAUGCAUCACCCUUGGAAAUGGUAAAUACAAAGGAGUUGGAUCCAGUCAGGGUGGAAGGUGGAAAUGCACCUGUCUGGAUAGCCUUGGAUGAGGUUAUGGAUCCUCAGAAUUUAGGAGCCAUAAUUAGGUCUGCCUACUACUUUGGUGCUGAGGGUGUCGUGCUGUGUGCUAAGAACUCGGCUCCAUUAAGUGGAGUAGUGAGCAAAGCUAGUGCAGGCUCGCUUGAGCUGAUCGAGCUGCUUUCCUGCAGAAACAUGAUGCAGUUCUUGUCUUCAUCAGCUGAAAAUGGGUGGCGAGUUCUCGGUGGUACCAUUGCUAACAAAGCUGUACCUCUCUCUGAAGUGGAAGCAGGGGUGCCCACUAUUCUUGUAUUGGGCAGUGAAGGCACUGGUCUGAGGCCCCUGGUUGAGCGAUCUUGCACUCAUCUGGUCAGAAUUCCUGGAAAUGCUGAUGUAUUUGUUGAAGGAGCCGACGCCGACGCAGACGCAGACGCAGACGCAGACGCAGACGCAGACGCAGACGCAGACGCAGGGGAAGGUGAUAGCCCUGCUAGUAAUCAAGAUUUGAGAUCGUUCCUUGCGGUGGAGAGUCUGAAUGUUAGUGUCGCAGCAGGAGUUUUGCUUUAUCAUUUGGCUGGAAAAGAAGCCUGCCCCGUAAGUGAUAAGCCUAGCAUCGCUCAAAUGUAAGGAUAUUAUGUAAUCCAUGCAUUUCAUAGUUACUACAACCAAUUUAGUACUUUUGCUAAAGACUACUUUGCUUUCUGUUGCAUCCUUUAAUUCUUCUGGUUGAUAAUAGAAAUUCUUAGAUAGAUUUGAUGAUGAUUUCUCAAUUCGUUGAGAAAUACCUUAUCUGAA